AGCCGCUUCUGAUUGGGUGGUGUGGCGCAAUGCGCGCGACCCUUUAGCUACCAAACUGCCCGGAGGCCUGACCCUUUCCUCUCCGCGCUCCUGCCCUUAAACUGAAACCUGUGAGGAGACUUCCGGGCGUGGGCAUCUGCAGAGCGCUAGAAACUGGCCCGGCCACUGGGGCCUUGCAGUUGGGACGCUAACGAGGCCUCCUCAGCCUCGCCUGCGGGAGAGGGAGCACGGACCUCGUUCACCUAGAUCUUCAACUCACAGCACAGACAUCGACAAGUGCCGGUUGAGUACGACAAAUAAAGAGCUGGGAAGGAGGGAAGCCCUCCUGUGCUCUAGCAGCUGUCACCGCCUACUCCCUUCUUCUUCCAGGUCAGGGGGUGUGUCCAUUAGAAAGGAGGAAGCCGAUUCUGCCGGCGUUCACACGCCUGCCGCAUUUCCCUAGUAGGGCCUUUUAGUUUUUCGCGGAGUCUUCUCUACACGGGAUUGCUUCUUUAGGAAAGCAUUUAAUCCUUGGCUUCCUUAUGCUCACAUCCUUUCCCUAACUAGUUUCCUGCACUUCGGGAGACUGAAAAAGACUGCAGAGAGGUGGUGUGUGUGGGGGUAGAAACAAGCAAAGCUUCCCUCCCAGGUGCUCUCCUGGAGAAGAGCAAUCGUUUGCUUUCCUAAGUCGACUACCAGAAUCAGAUGUUUUGAUCCCAAGCCCAGAGCUUCAGUGCUCUUUCACCUCCCAAUUCCACAAGAGCAGUGAGCGACCAAGAGUUAUGGAGAAGCGCCUGCAGGAGGCUCAGCUGUACAAGGAGGAAGGGAACCAGCGCUAUCGGGAAGGGAAGUACCGUGAUGCAGUGAGUAGGUACCAUCGAGCUCUGCUUCAGCUGCGGGGUCUGGAUCCAAGUCUUCCCUCCCCGAUACCUAACCUAGGGCCUCAGGGCCCGGCUCUCACACCUGAACAAGAAAAUAUCCUGCACACGACCCAGACAGACUGCUACAACAAUCUAGCUGCCUGUCUCCUUCAGAUGGAGCCAGUGAACUACGAACGAGUGAGAGAAUACAGUCAGAAAGUCCUGGAACAACAGCCUGAUAAUGCGAAGGCCUUAUAUCGGGCCGGGGUAGCCUUCUUCCAUCUGCAGGACUAUGACCAGGCUCGGCACUACCUCCUGGCUGCUGUCAAUAGGCAGCCUAAAGAUGCCAAUGUCCGGAGGUACCUCCAGCUAACGCAGUCAGAACUCAGCAGCUACCAUAGGAAAGAGAAGCAACUGUACCUGGGCAUGUUUGGUUAACAAAGAAGAAUGAUGCUCCUCCACUUGAACUUCGGUGAACCAUUAAAGACCCAUCAAGGGGAAACCUGAGCCUGAGCAAGAGAAAUUAACCGUAUACCUCUGACCCAGGUGGAUUUCUGUUUUAUUUCCUAUUCUGCACAAACUCUUUACUACCUAGACCAUCUGUGUCUUUUUUUUUUUUUUUUUUUUUUUUUUUGGUCUAUCCAUCUGUAUAUUUGUAUAACUUUCAGUAUAUGUUAUUGUUGGCAAUGCUUGCCUCAAAAAAUAUACCAGACAACAUUCAUCAGCUAUAGGUGGAAUAAUUAAUCAUACUUCUGGCAUAGAUUCAAAGAUAGAUGUUGCUAGGUGUAUUCACAUUCAGAGGAGAAGGCUAGCAGAGGAUAAAUGGUAAGGAGAGGCAGAAAGGAGUUUCUUCCUUUGUUUUCUCAGAUACCCAAAGCCAAACAGGAAAAUAUAUUUUUUGUGGAACUAGACAAUUAUAAAGUGGACCCAAAUGUAUUUAAAUGAAAGAUUUGAAAUUAAUUAUUUUUAUUUAGAUUAAUUCCUUUUCCCUCUUCAUAUUUCACAAACAUUCGGAUUCUUUUUCCCCCUACAAAAGUAUCUGGUUUCUCUUUCUCCCCUGGUAAUUCUAGUCCUUGCUUUUGCUUGUACUCUUAAAAGCUUUGAAGCCAUGUAUUUAAGUAUUUAAUAACCCUUCAGCCCUGUGCCCCCCAUCAAAAAAAAUGCUGGAGUAAAUAUCUUAAUUUUUAAGAGGGGCACAUCUGUAGUAUGCUUGUUUCUCUAAAAAACUUAGGGUAUAUUAGCAAGUCUUCUAGAAACAAUACUGAUAGAGCAGAAUAAAAACUUUAAUACCUUCUUUACCUACCCUUAUAUUUUGCAAGAGCUCAGGUCCUAAUGGAGGAGGGAAACAAUGAGGAAGAGCUGUUAUUGCUUGGAGUCUUUAAAGCACCUGAUGGAACUCUGUGGAAGCUGUUAGGUGAUGGUUGCAGGUUGCACAUCAAGUGCUGUCCUGGCUCAGUAGGAGGCUCCAUUAACCAGGAGCUCCUUUGUCAUUCUGUUUAGUUAUUGUGGAUAAUGUCUAUAAAGAUGCAGGUACCAAAUAGUAGGUGAGACAUCACUGCCUCUACCCAUAUAAGUAAAGGUCAUGAGAAUGUGCCAUUAGCCAUUAUAGACCCACAAAACAUACAUAUUUCAGAAAAGAAAAAAACACUGUAGUCCCUUAUCAAUAUCAUCCAUCUCCCAAUGUGUUAAACUCCUCUUUGUUCCUCUUUAAAUAACAUGACCAUCAACUUACAGCAGAAAGUUUUUCUGACAAAUAAUCAUAUGAAGUCCAAAGACAGAACUAACAAAAGUUUAGGGUUAAAUGGUGAAUCUUAUCAAGUCUGUUUUAGCCAGUUUUUCCUUGAUGUUUCUUGUAGUAAUUUUGCAUCCACUGAUUCCCAACCUUCCCCUUGAUUACAAAUCCCUACUUGUCCUCAUUGGAGUUGGAAUUUAGUCCAAUCUCUGUCUCCCACUGGAAGACCUGGUUGCAGUGUUUCCUGUACCAGUUGCCAUGUUCCCAUGAAUAUAGUCUGCCUCGCUAUGCUUUAAAUUUUUUAAUUUUAUUUUAUCAUGGUUGCAUGUUUUGUUUGGGGUUUUGUUUUCUGAUGUUCUGUUGUAUUUUAUUAAAAACAAUGUUACAGUAAGCUGUUUUCUGUAUCAAUGAGAAAAAAAUAAAACUAGUAUUUAAAAAUG